AUGGCGCCGACUCGAGCGGGGAUUUUAACCACGUCGGGCAAGGUGAUCAAGUUCGAUGCGCCAAGUCGGACGUGUGUGACGUUCUCGUCGUGUAGUGGUUGGGAAGCAGCUGAGAAGCUGUUGUAUGCGCGCGUGCCGGACGGACAGAGCGUCGCUUUCUUCCGGGAGGAAGACUGUGCAGGCAACUUUGUCUUCAACAGCGACGUGGGGAAAGCCUUCGGGAAUGAAAUUGUCAAGGGCGACAAGGCGGUCGUGCGGUCGUUCAUAUUGGCGAAGUACACGACGUACCCAGUGAAGGGGAUCGUCAGCAUGUGCCGAGACGAAAGUGCAUUGGUGUUGAAGGCGACGGAGGGAAGUGACGACGACAUGGAGUGGACGAUGAGCUCGAGUGCGACUAACGGUGGAAAUCUAUCGACAAAUUGGUUUGACCCUCUCUCGGAGGGAGGUAUUGCAGUUGGUGACGCUUGA